UCGAUUGGAAACGAGUUAUAACUGCGUCAAACAAAAUAUAUACAUUUUUCUUUUUAUAUAAAUAUAAACAAAAUAAAAAUACAAUCUUUCAAUCUUUUUUUACAUCACACAGAAUAUUUUUGUAUUUUUAUAUUAUUUUUUUUAACUUUAUUUUGUUUUUUAAUUUGAAUUAACUUCGAUUUAUAAAUAAAAUAAAAAAGUUAAUAAUAAUUAUUAUGUUUUAUAUACGUAUUUGUUUUCGGUCGGAUUUGACGCGUUCGUAUUACCAACCUUAACAGUGGUCGCGUGUUUGCUGAAGCAUACCAAAGCCUGAAUGACGGUAACUUUAGUAGCCGUUGAUCAUUCGCCUUUUAACUCUGUUCAAUUUAAGUUAAGCAAAUGUGCAAUAAGUCAGGCAUUUAGACGUGUCCGUUUGUCGGUUAUGGUUGGAUGAAAUUUGUUUCUAUUGAAAAUUCUUGUUAAUAUAAAAUUAAAACAAACAAAAAAUUAAAUGAUUUAAUUAUUCGUCAAAUCAUAGCAAAUUAAUAAAUACAAAAACUGAUAUUUGCAUAAAAUUUGACAACAUCAAAAGAAAAAUAGUGAUACUUGCUGGAAUUCAAAGUGGACAAAGUUGUUUUGGUAGAGUCUUACGAAAUCUCCAAAGUUGUGUUUUUUUAUUUACUUUUUUAAGAAAGUGUUUUUUAUUUUUGUUUGAUACAAUUUAAAUUCAUCGCAAACAUGAAGAAACCUAAUGUCAGUCAUUUGAUGGUAAAAGCUAAGGAAGCCGGAACUGUUCCAACUAAUAUACCAAGACCAAAACAAAUAUUUGGAAUACGACAUGUACAAUGUGCCCUUAUAUUCUUUGCCCUAGCUGUUGCAUAUGCACUUCGAGUGAAUAUGUCAGUUGCCAUUGUGGCUAUGACUGAUAAAUCAACAAAUACGAAAUUCGACGAAUACGAUUGGACAGAAUCAACCAAAUCACUUAUCCUUAGUAGCUUCUUUUGGGGCUACGUUGUGACGCAAGUUCCAGCCGGCCAGCUGGCUCAAAGAUAUGGAGCCAAACUUGUUGUGUUCUGGGGCGUUCUUAUUUGCUCCAUUCUUGCCAUCCUAACCCCCAUCUGUGCAAAAAUUGGCGGAUCACCACUUGUUUGUACGUUGCGAGUUAUCCAGGGUCUUUGUCAAGGAACAGUUUUUCCUUCAUCGCAUAAUCUCCUCUCCAAAUGGGCUCCAUUUGCGGAGCGUGGUAAACUCGGAACAAUCAGCUAUUCGGGAGUACAAUUUGGAACUGCACUUAUGCUCUGCAUUAGCGGCGAACUCGCUUCAUCUGCAUUUGGUUGGCCUAGUAUAUUCUAUAUAUCAGGAGCAGCAGGUUGUGUUUGGGCGGUUUUAUGGUUUUUCUUCGCAUCCAGCUGCCCCGCCGAAAAUCGCUUUAUUUCUGAAGAAGAAAAGUUGUACAUUGAAAUGAUUCCCACCGAUGAGGAUCCAGGUGCAGGGAAGAAUGAACUUAAGCCAAAACUGCCAACUCCAUGGUUGGACAUUCUGACCUCUGUGCCCUUCUAUGUGGUUUUGUGUGCGCAUUGUGCCAACAACUGGGGCUUCUGGACUUUGUUAACGGAAAUCCCCACUUAUAUGAAGAACAUUUUGGGAAUGGACAUUAAAUCGAAUGCUUUGUUGUCGUCACUGCCUUACUGGGCAAUGUUUCUGCUGUGUUUCGUGUUCCUUAUCAUUUCGGAGAUUUUAAGCAGAAACAAAUGUAUGGGUCUGGCAUUUAGUAGAAAAUUGUUUAACACCCUUGGGCACUGGAUUCCAGCAAUUGGGCUCAUUGGGAUGGGCUAUAUGGAUGGUGAUAACGUGCUUCUGGCGAUAAUCUUCUUGACAUUGACAGUUGGAAUGAAUGCAUCUUGUUAUUUGGGAUUCCAAAUGAAUCACAUUGACCUGUCGUCGAACUUUGCUGGCACUCUCAUGGGUUUGACAAAUUGUGCAGCGAAUAUUAUGAGUAUCAUCGCUCCACUAAUGGUUGGAUUCAUUGUUACAGAUGAGAAAAAUCCUGACCAAUGGAGGAUUGUAUUCUUUAUUGCAGCGGCGUUCUUUUUCGUUGGAAACUUGCUAUUUAUUUUAUUUGGAAAAUUCACAACACAAUCUUGGAACGAGCCUAAGACUGUUACGAUCAAAAAUGUAACGAAUGGUCAGAAUGUAGUUCUUAUGGAGUCACAAAAUUAAUACUGCCAAAAGUUUCAAUUGGGUUUGAGUCUAAAUGGCAAAAAUCAAUUUCAAAAUAAAUCCGUGAUCUAGUCAUUUAAGUAUUUAUCUUUAAGCAAAACAAUAGUAGUUUCAAAAUUUAAUAAGGGUUUUUGAAAAAUCCUUUUUAUGUUCCUUAUUUCUAUAGAUUAACUACUUUUGUAUAUUAGUUGUUGUUAAUGUAAUCAUAAGAAGUUGUAGCACGUUAAAAAUGUUAAGAUAAAUAAGCUGUAAGAUUGUUAUUACCUUUGUAUAAAUCUGAAAAUUAUUUUUAUUUAAUUUUGGGAAUAAAAAUGUACCAUGUUUUAAAAUUA